AUGGAAAAUAAAAACCAAGACAUUGAUCACUUGAGACAAGAAGAAGAGGGUCUGCAAGAGAGAAUUUCCAAGUUAGAGAAGACAUUAGUUGAGCAAGAGGAGGAGUCAUUUACUCUCCAAAAGCAAGUUGAGGAUGUCGUGAAUGAAGCGUCCGCUCAAAUUAUGGCCUUAACGACGCAGAUUAAAAGAGGUAAACAAGAAUCUUCAAAAAGCUUGACUCAAGUGGAGAAUAAGAAUUCCAAGCUAGCAAACAAGGUUGCGGAUCAGCAAAGAAUGCUAAAAGAACAGGAGGAUGCUUUCAAUGAAUUGAGAGAAGAGCACAAACGACUCGAAGUUUUGUUUCAAGAAUGCAAGGCAAACCUUGAAGUUGCUGAAAGGAAGAUUGAAGAAAUGGAAGAAGAGUUGCAAAAAAGUAUUGAAUCGAAACAUAAGAAAGUUGAUGAAUUGGAAGAAACAAUCGAAGACUUGAAAACAUAUCUGGAAAUAAAAGAAGAUGAAGUGAGCUUGCUGAUUGAGAAUCUCAGCACGAUUGAGGAAGACUACGGGCACUUUGAGAGCCGUGUUUAUGAAAUCCUGAACGAGUUUCAAGUUGCAAAGAACAAGGUCAAUGAGACAAAUACUGAGAAACAACAACUAAAGGAUGGGCUCAGUGUCUUGAUCGAGCAACUGCGAGAUAAGAAAGAAAAUGAAUUGGUCUUAAGAGAAAGGGUCAGAGAAUUGGAAGCAAAGUUGCACAAUACUGAGGAUGAGAAGUAG